UCUCCAUGAGCUGAUGUUUCCUUUAUGGUUCCCCUUUACUGAACGUAGUGUUUAAAUUCUCUUUGCCCUUUACUUAAAAAAAGUACUCUGUGUGUGUGAUCUGAUGUGAGAAAUAAAAAUUAAUAAUUAAUUCAAAAUUACUGCAUAAAUUUUUAGGCAGGGUAGGGUCCAAAACCAAUAUUCACUAUAAUGGCUUCAAAUAUACCAAAGCAACAGAUAUUAUCACUGUAUAAAUCCUUGAUUCGAGAAUCUGGAAAAUUUCCUAAUUACAACUUCAGAUGUUAUGCUAUUAGAAGAGUAAAAGAUUCAUUUAAAGCAAACAAAUUAUUAACGGACAUAAAGUUAGUCAGAAAAGAAGUUGACUAUGCGAAAGAAAAUCUCGAAAUGAUUAAAAGACAGGCUGUCAUUGGAGCCAUGUACAAAACAGAUAAGUUGGUUGUGGAGAAUUAGAUGAUGUGAUACAUUAUAAGCUGUCACAUCAGAAGUAAACUAGCCCUUAGCAUGGCGAACCAUCUGUACGAUGCAUUUAUGAAAUUUUUUGUGCUGAACAUUAUAUUGCAAUUAGUAUUCGAAUGAAUUUUUUUUAUGACAGAGGAGGACAAAGUGAGACAUUUAAGAAGGUGUCAUAGGCCACAGUUUUAGAUUUAUUUUAAAUAAAUAAAAUGUAUUGAAUCUA